AUGAAGUUCCGAGUGGGGCGUCCGCUGCUUGUGGCGCUGUUUUUUAUCAUUGUAAUCUUUGCCGACCAAAUCCGGUGCGAGGAGGAACCGGUGACGGCGGCAGCGACGUCGAAGCCGGCCAAGAAGAAGGGCAAGAAAAGCAGGGCGAAGACCUCGGCGACCAAGUUGGCGACGAAGAAUCUGAAGAAACCGCGCGAUCGUCCGCAAGCCGAUCGGCCGCAGGCGCAGGCGCCGGAGUACGGGGAGUACGACUACGGGGACAACUACGACUACGGCCCCGAUCCGGACUACGAGGCGGAAAAUGCAAAUGGCGCAACGCGUAGACCCGAGCACGGCUUCCGGCAACCGGAGGACGAGAUUCCGCGUGUAUCGACGACCAGCAGCACCACGCCGCGUGCUCCGGAACCGGAAGCGAUCGUGCAGCCGUUCACGUGCCACCACGAGGGCACGUGGUACCGCGAGAACGACGUGUUCCAGUCGGGCUAUCGGGGCUGUGCGACGUGCCGCUGCCGGAACGGAUCGGUCCAGUGUGACGAGGCCGACUGCCCCCGCGUAACACCGGAACCGCGGACCAGCACCACUACUACGUCGACGACCACGUCCACCACCGAGCGACCGGUGGCCCCCUUCGGUGAACCUGGCACUCCUGGUGAAGUGGGCCAACCGGGGGUUCCGGGCACGCCGGGUGUGCCUGGGCUCCCGGGGCCACCAGGACCCGCGCCGGACCUCACGUUCUACACCCAGCAGCUGCAGGAUUCGAUGGGUGGACCCGAUAAGGGCCCGGGCCCAGAGAACUUUCAGUUUAUGCAGGCUCAAGUCGGUCCGGUAGGACCACGGGGUCCUCCGGGGCCCUCUGGCCCAACCGGUCCCCAAGGAUUCCAGGGAACUCGCGGGGAACCAGGAGAACCGGGAGCGCCGGGGGUCGGUGGACCGCCGGGACCCCGAGGGCUACCGGGGCCACCCGGUAAGGAUGGCACCGCCGGAGACGAUGGAGAAACGGGACCUCAAGGAACGGUCGGAAUGACGGGACCGCGCGGGCUACCCGGAAUGCCCGGUGUACCUGGGCUCAAGGGCCACCAGGGGUUACCCGGCCCGGAGGGAAUGAAAGGAGAAACCGGAGCCAUCGGUGAGAAAGGAUCGGUGGGGUCUGUGGGUCCUGCUGGAGUCACUGGGGCCGUGGGACCUGCUGGACCUCGUGGCGAGCGAGGACGUGAGGGACCACCUGGACCGGCAGGAUUGCGAGGCAUCGACGGAAUCGCUGGACCAUCCGGACCACCGGGAGCCGUCGGGAAGCCUGGACCACCGGGAUUCCCGGGUAGCAACGGUGCCAAAGGUGAUAUGGGCGCGAUGGGCCCAAAAGGGAGCUCGGGGCCGCAAGGACCGCGAGGAGAAUCCGGACGCCCGGGACAACCGGGUGAGCCGGGACUUAAUGGACCGCCGGGCAAAGAUGGAGCGUCGGGCGAGAAAGGAAGCCCCGGAUCGCCGGGGAAUGCCGGACCGCCCGGGUUCCCAGGAUCACGCGGAGCGCCGGGGGCCAACGGAAGUCCAGGCGACGUCGGCUCGAAGGGUGAAUCGGGUCUGCCCGGGGAGCGUGGCUACAAAGGCGAAGCCGGCAUCAAGGGGGAAGCCGGUGUACCAGGACCCCGUGGGCUACCGGGAGCCGUCGGCCCGGAAGGAAAACGAGGCAAACGCGGCAUGAAGGGUCCCACGGGUCUGUCGGGUCCGCAGGGAGAACGAGGUCUUUCAGGGUCGCCCGGUCUACCGGGCCCCGACGGAGCGCAAGGCGUGAAGGGCCAAUCGGGAGACCGUGGCGCUAUGGGGCCCACCGGUCCGAAAGGAUCGUCCGGAGAUCCUGGACCACCGGGAACGCCCGGCAUUCAAGGACUACGCGGACAACCGGGACGUGCCGGGGCGCAAGGAAAAGCUGGAACACCCGGGGAACGGGGUCUGCCCGGAUCGGACGGUAAAGUGGGCGAAUCGGGCCCGCAAGGACUUCAGGGUCUGCCCGGACCGAUCGGUAUGCCCGGUGACAAGGGAUUCACGGGCGAACCAGGCAAGGACGGUGACAUCGGACCACCGGGAGCCGUAGGACCCCGAGGGGACGCUGGCAAAGACGGACCACCCGGGAUUCCGGGCCCCCCGGGCCCACCCGGCAACGAUGGAGACCGUGGCCCACCGGGAACGUCCGGACCCCGCGGAUUCCAGGGUCUACCGGGAACGCCAGGCAACCCAGGAGCUCAAGGCAAGGACGGGCAGAAUGGUCCGCCAGGAUCACCGGGGCCAACGGGUCAGCCAGGAAUACGGGGCGAGCGAGGUUUCCCGGGCGAACGCGGACCAGUUGGUACUCCGGGAACGCCGGGGGUGCGUGGUGAAACGGGAGCCCAAGGCAACGAUGGACCACCGGGUCCAUCCGGAGCUACGGGAAUGAAAGGACAUCAAGGAGCACCCGGUAUGGUGGGCCUCCCAGGGCUGCGAGGUCUCGCAGGACCCGCCGGAGAAAAGGGUGAGCGCGGCAGUUCGGGUCCGACGGGCCCCGAAGGUCCUGCCGGGCGCCUUGGUGAACGCGGUCUGCAGGGACCGAUGGGACCACCGGGGCCACCUGGAGAACCGGCGGAGAAGGGAGAACCCGGAUCACCGGGCGCCCACGGUGAACCUGGGGCUCCCGGGGUCGUCGGUGACCGGGGAGCGGUGGGGCCGCAAGGUCUCCAAGGCUUCCCCGGACCCCUGGGUCCCGUCGGUGUCCCCGGCUCGAAGGGAGACCGAGGCAGCAUGGGACUGAAGGGCGAGCAGGGCAACUCUGGCCUCGCGGGAGUGCCGGGCGAACCAGGACCCCAGGGAUUCAUUGGACUGACCGGGUCCAAGGGAGCCCGCGGGGAGCCAGGACUGCGCGGAGAAACCGGACCGAUGGGGACUCCAGGACGACCGGGAGACCAAGGACCCAUUGGUCAAACUGGCAAUCCGGGACAGGCGGGUACACCGGGCAGCCACGGUAUGAAGGGCAACCCGGGCGAUACGGGUCGCCCAGGAAAUGCGGGGCCCCCGGGGAUGCCCGGGCCGCAGGGAGCAGAAGGCAUCAAGGGCGACGCCGGCGGCGAUGGACCAGCGGGGCCGCCGGGAAAUCAAGGACCUCACGGUGUGCCGGGCGACAGAGGCCUUCCGGGUCUGCCCGGUCCGAGUGGAGCGCAAGGAAUGCGUGGCUUGCGUGGUGCGGCUGGAGAACCGGGGCACCCGGGAAAACCGGGCAACGAUGGACCCCCCGGCACGGCCGGGCCACUGGGUCCGGCAGGACCCCCAGGACCCACCGGGGACAGCGGACCGGAAGGAAUGGUGGGAAAAACGGGACCACCGGGCAUUGCAGGACGAGCUGGCGAUAAGGGACCGAUCGGAAACCCCGGAACCCAGGGCACACCGGGGGCUCCUGGCCUUCCAGGACCACCGGGCCAACAAGGGCCCCUCGGCCAGACGGGUGAGCGAGGGUUGCGUGGAGAAACGGGACCCAUCGGAGUCGACGGACCGCCGGGGGCUCGCGGAAAACCGGGACCACCGGGUCUGGAGGGUCCAAAGGGAGAGAACGGCGAAGCGGGGCUCAAGGGCACGAAGGGUCACCGGGGACUGAUCGGCCUGCAGGGCCUGCCGGGAACUGCCGGUCCGCCGGGCGACAAGGGUAACGUGGGCGGUGAAGGUCCACCGGGCAAACCGGGUGAGGCGGGACCCAGAGGGCCGCCAGGACGCGACGGCACCGUCGGACCGCAGGGAAUGCUGGGAAUCGCUGGACCGCGGGGACCCCCCGGCAACGAUGGCAAACCGGGACCAGUGGGGCAAGCGGGACCUCCAGGACCGCCCGGUCCGCCGGGAGACGGAGUGGGCUACGACGCGGCCGCCCUUGCCGCUCUGCUCGGCCACGGCCAGAUGAGCAACAGCAAGGGACCGGAUCCGAACAUGGCCGAUGAACCGAUGAACCUGGGCCGCGUGUUCGAGCUGACGGACGAGGAGCGCCAGAAGUUGGUGGAGAAUGCGUACGAAAAGCUGAAGGCCGCCUUCGGGACGUUCAAGAAGCCGGACGGGAAGCAGGGUUCACCGGCCAAGACGUGCCGCGAUCUGUUUGCGGCCCAUCCCGAGCUCGCUUCCGGCCACUACUGGAUCGACCCGAACGAGGGCGACGCCCGGGAUGCCAUCCUGGUGUACUGUGACGCCGAGCGGAGGGCUUCCUGUGUCCUGCCGCAGCCACUGCGCACGAAGGAGCUCGCGUACGACGGCGACGAGGACGAAGUGUGGCUUGGCGAACUGAAGGACGGCAUGAAAAUCACGUACAAGUCGGACAGCAACCAGAUCGGCUUCCUGCAGCUCCUGUCGGCGACCGCGUCCCAGAACAUAACCUAUCACUGCCGCAAUAGCGUGGCGUUCUUCAACAAGGAGAAGAACAGCUACCGUCAGAGUCUGAAGCUGCUCGCCUGGAACGACGCCGAACUGACGGCUCGUGGUCCGCAGCGGCUGCGGUACGACGCUCUGCAGGACGACUGCCAGCACCGGACGGCCCACUACGCCCAGUCGGUGCUCAGCUACAGCACCGACAAACCAAUGCGACUGCCCAUCAUCGACAUCGCGAUCCGGGACAUUGGCCGCGAAGCGAACCAAGAGUUCUGGAUCGAGAUCGGGGCCGUGUGCUUCCAGUAGCGUUCCGACGAAUGGUCCUGCUGAUGGUGAUCCUCUUCCUAAGAAAAAAAAAACGGAACGAACAACAACAACAGCAACAGACGGACGGAUGACGGGAAACUAAGAGAAAGACUAAGAAAAGUGUAGAUUCCUCUUCGUGCUGCGUGAUAUUCUUUGUGGCAGUGUGGAAGCGACCGAAGUUAGACGGAGGAGUGAGUAGGUAAGCAAGCGCGCGUGUGUAUGUGUGUGUGU